GGCUGGGCUGUUUUCUCCAACUCUCAGUUCUUCAUGGUAGGGUGGGAAGCUGUUGUGCCAACAUUCCUUAAAUUUGCUCUGCAAAAGCACUGGUAAGCAUACAUUGGAAGUGCAAUGUUUGGACCCUUCUACUCGUUUCAUUUCCUAGAAAGAGACACUUUGCAGCUUUGCAACAAACCACAAUAUCGUUCUUCAGCUCAGCAGUGAACAUCUAAAGCUUUAAACAUUCAGCUAACUGAAUGCCAGCGAAGUAUAAUCCAGGGCCUGACUCAAAUUGACAGGGACAGGUUGGCCUGUGAAAUAAUCUCUUUAAAUAGUAGCAGCCAAUCCUCAAAGUCGUUUCUUUGUCCCAUCUUGAGUGGGAGGACAUCUUUCAGCAGCCUGUUCGCCAGGCAGACUGCUUUGCUGCCCUUCCUGACAGUAUUUGGAAAGGCAAGUUUUGCUCAUUGGCUGGGACUCCUACCUUUCAAUAACAACCAAGGCAUUGCUAUGAAUUUUGCUGCACAAUUUCUCUACUCCAGGGUUUUUAAGAACCGAACUCCCAGGGAACGCUUCAGAGAAGAAGAAGAAUAUGACCCUUUCUGGCAAAGGUUGGAGAAUGUUGCCAUGUGACGUAGACCUAGAGUGUUGAUUUCUUCCCCUUAGGAAUUAUGGAAAGUCCUAGGUUUGUGUCUGGGGCCAAGCCACUGGCCGUCGCCUCCUCUGGAUCCUUCCUGCCUCCUUAUGGUGCAGUAGUUGGAGUAUUGCUUCACUUCUUUGUUUAUUUCAUUGCCAUGCUUUAUAGCUUUGCAAAGAAGCUAUUUGCAAAAAAAGAUGAAUGUAUAGUGAGAAAAUUGGAUGCCCCUGCACACUGUGAACUUCGGUGCUGUAAGGAGGGGCCAGUAGGAAAUGGUCUCAUUGGGCAGCGGCCACCCUCCAUCCACCCUGAGAGGCUGAAAGAUUUUGGUGAAGAAGAUUACCUAAAUGGGGGAGUGAAGACAUGGGAAAUGAAGAUAAUCAGCCAUAACGAGGAAUUGCUAAGAGAUCCAGUUGUUCGUCCAGAAAGAAGUAGCCUGCCAGCCUGCAACAAGUUUAUUCGAUUUGAAGAUAUCAGUGCAGCAGCGUUCAAAAUUCAGUGUGGAGUCCAGAAAACGCCUUGUACGUAUUCUAGGCUUUCAAAGCAGUAUGGAAUGGACAUAUAUCUAAAGAAAGAGUUCCUUCAGUACACAGGAUCUGUGAAGGAGCGGGGUGUGCUUUACCUUCUGAUGUCUUUGCAACAGGAUCAGCAAAGGAAAGGUGUGAUCGUUGCCUCGGACACUAACUUCUCCAUGGCAGUAGCAUAUCAUGCCUCAGAGCACCAAAUCCCGGUGUUUGUCAUCAUGUCCACCAGCACCUUGCCAGCCAGAGUUAAAAUGUGCCGCGAGUACGGCGCCAUGGUCAUUUCCUAUGGCUCUACAGCGAGAGAUGCUCAGAUGCACGCCAAGAGGCUGGCACAAGAAAACGGCUACUUGUAUCUCGAAGAAGAAGACAGUUCUGUCUAUCUAUCAGGGCUGGGGACCAUGGGACUGGAGAUCUACGAACAGGUGCCAAAACUGGAUGCAGUGAUAUUCCCGGCAGGGGCCCACUGUGGACUGCUAGCAGGCUCAGCUGCUGCGCUGAAACACCUGAACGAACAUAUUUCUGUGAUUGGUGUAGAAUCGGAGAGUUUCCCUGUGUUGCAGCAAUCGUUAAAGAUUGGUCACCCGGUAGAAGAUCAGACCCGCAGUAACCAUCAGUUUUACAGAGAUGUGAGCGGACCUUGUUUUGGCACCAACUCGUUGCAGCUGACUGGGAAAUUUGUUGAUAAGGUUGUAACAGUGAGAGAAGAGGACAUUCUGAUUGCCAUGCUGAGGUUGCUGGAAUACGAACGAGCCACAGUUGAUGCAGAAGGAUCCAUUGGCCUUGCAGCUCUGGUCACUGGGAAGUUGCCAGAGUUAAAGGGUAAAAGAGUGGCUGUUGCAGUGUGCAGUGGUAACCUGGAGCUCUCCCUGAUGAGACAGUGCAUAGAUCGUGCCCUUACACUGGACAACAGGGUCUGCAAAUUCUCCAUUCUGAUCUCUGACUGUCCAGGCGAUAUUUCAAAGCUACUGGCGAUCUUGGCUCGGGAGGAAACAAGAGUUUUGGACAUAAAACAAGAACACAUGUACGUGGCGUCUGAUCUGUUCACCAGCGAGAUCACCUGCAUUGUAGAGACCAGAGACAAAAUCCACACUGCCCAGUUAAGGAACGCCCUGCUAGACUGCUACCCAAUGAUGACAUGGAUGGAGCGGUGAUGAGCCAGCCAAUUUUGAAAAGCUAUAUCAUCUUCCUUGUUUCAGUUUCAGGAAAGCUGAAGAUGUUAUUGUUAUUUCUAUAGAGCCAUCACACUGUAUAUGGUGCUUUACAAAGAACCGGGAUCGACAGGUUCCUACUAUCCCAAGGGGUUUACAGUCUAAAACGGCACUGCAAUCCAAAAUACAAUUGUGAAAGCACUGGUAUGUUUAAAUCCUGCAAAGUGAAAAAGUUAGGAAAUAGCAGUAGGGUUUCUCUUCUGCGUAUUCUCUCAAAUCAGAAUGAAACACCUAUCCUGUAUCAUGAAGAUGAAUAACUUAUAUCUUUAACUUAAGUGCUUCAUAGCAGCUGCAGAGUUCCAACGGUAGUCUUUGUAUUAGCUAUGUAUUCCCCACCCCGACCCCCACAUGACACCCCCACCCCCAAAUUGCCUUCAGGAUGAUAUAACUGAGAAACUGUUGAGGUCCCUAGUGUUGUAUAGACUCCUGUAAAAUACAACAAGUAAAUUCCAGAAAGGGUCUUCUCCAAGCUCUUCUUCUGUGUAGGCAAUUCCUGCUCCUUAUGAUGAUACUUCCUUCCUCAUUGCUUGGCUUAUUCCACAUCUUCCAAGCCAGAAAACAUUACUUCAGCCUUGCAAUAAGUCCAAAAAAAAAUUACAAGUCCACAGAAAUGUUUACAAGCCUGCCUACUCUAUGCUGGUUAUUUGUACCACCCUGACAAUCCAUAAGAGGGGAGGUGAAAGAGUCCAGGAUGUCCCUGUUUACAAAAUCUUCGCUGGCUCAAUACCUGGAGGCAACACUUGCUCACCUUAGGCCAGGGGUCAACAAGGUUUACCUUGCCUGGGCCGGUUCACUUCAGCGGAGAUCCCUCUGUGGGCCGGAUCGCAUGCACACGCCAUUUCUGACGCCUGCAUCUGCGCAGAUGCGUUUUCCAGGGCCGCGAAAGGGAGUCCCCGGCGCCGCGCUGGUUCAGAGCAGCACGCGGGGACUUGCCAAGCGGGUGGCUCAGUUUGGGGACGGCUCGUGGGCCAGUUAAACGACCCCCAUGGACCACUUGUGGCCCAUGGGCCUUAGGCUGCCAACCCCUGCCUUAGGCGAUUAGGCAUGUGAGUGUUUACAAGCCUGAAUUACCUGAAAGUUGGGUUUUGUUUUGUUGGCUCCCCGCCCCCACCAGCCUGUAGAUCUCUACUUUGCACAGAUUAAAAUGUUAGUGAAAACUUCUUAGGGAUGUUGUAAUACUACAUGUUAUCAUGCUAAUUUAAAAAAUAAAAAUAAAGAAGAGAAUCAAAACCUUUCUAAUUAUCACAAUUUAAGCAAAGUGUUUUUCCCCUAUUGAACACUUCCAAUCCAUUUGUGGCAUUUCAUGAAUUUAGUAAUGGGAACCAUGCUUCAGUGAAUAAGUGUGUUGCGCUAAAUAAACUUUUUUUAUAUA